CCAGGUAGAACACUAUACUGGUGACGUCGAAAUGUGACUUGGCUAUAUAUAUGUGUAUACACACCCACACACACAUCUCUCUCAAUUAAUGACUCUACUCGCCAACUACCCUUAAUUCUUCUACUCUGAAAUUUUGAGAACAUCGAUAUGGCUCCAUUCCAAGAAUCCAAUCUCAGAAAGGUAAUUUUAUUUCAUCUGUUCUUGAUUUUUUUGACUUCAGUAUUCAUUUCUGCCUACACUGAAAUCCAACCACAUAGUGAUGAGCUUUUUGGUACAAGAAAAAUGAUGAAAUAUGAAGAUGAUCCACCAAUCAUCAAGAAGAAAACUACUACUAUUAAGCCUCCUCCAUAUUCAGACAAGAACAAAACUCGGUUCAAGAAUAAAGUCCAUUUGGAAAAGAAGCUAAGCGGGUCUAAAUCCAAGAAUCGAGAUAAAAACCAGCAGAGUUGGAUUGAUCAAGACGAAGUUUAUGAUUUGGUUGAUGGGAUUAAAGACCUGCCCACUAAGUUUCAACAAACCCUAGUGCCAGAUUUGGAGAAAAUUUCCAAAACUUCAAAAGUUUACCUCAACAAGUAUAAUAAAGCAUUCACCAAAGGAUUCAAACCUUAUGUAGGCAACAAAUAUGCACCCACAAUUGCCUCUACAGUCUCUUUUGGCUUUAUUUUGAUUAUACUUAUUCUUGUUUUACUUAUUUUUAAUCAUAUCAGAGCCCACUUUUCACUCCAAAAGCUUUUAAUUUUCAUCCAAAUUUAUCUUUCUAUAUAUUUCUACACAUUAUGUUUAGCCUCAUUAUUCACUGGAGUUGAGCCACUGAGGGUCUUCUAUGCUACUUCACAGUCCACCUUCGUGUGUGUACAAGUUCUGCAAACUCUUGCUUAUGUUUUGUACCUCGUGCUGCUGAUGAUGUACUUGAUCCUGGUGUUCUCCACUGUAGCUGGGCUGGUCACCAAGUUAUUGGGCCUAGCCCAGACCCUUUUGGGCUUUUUUAUUGGGCUGCAUUACUACAUGACAGUGUUCCAUAGGGCUGUGCUGCACCAGCCGCCCAAAACCAGUUGGAGGGCCUUUGCCCUUUAUGCCACGUGUUUCCUUGUGAUUUGUCUAUUUCGUAGGACUGAUGGGAGGAAGAAGAUAUACCUAGAAGAAGGUGGUGAGGAAGGUAAACGGAACUAGUGUUUUUCAAUUUCUUUUCUUUUGAGGAUGUAUAUGUGUUUCAACUCGAGUCUCAAGAUACUUUUUGACGGAAAUUGUUAGUAAAACAAAAAGUGUUACAAUGAUUAAAUGUUA